CCAAGCACCAAAGUUUUAGUUGAGUUGACAAAAAUGAAAAUGGAGAGAACCAUAAGGAUGACAGUUAACGUGGUGCUUCUGAUCAUCUUGAUGAUUGCCAUCCAAAUCUUGAAUGGGGAUUGUAGCAGACCGGUCUCGCAAGGAAGAGAUCCUGGCUCGCCUUCAGGGCCAUGUAAUUGCACAUACGUACCCGGUGGUCCCCCUAGUAAAAUUCAUAGGUGAUGCUUGUUUUUUGAGUUUAUUCGAUCUGUGUUGUUAAUAUAUUUCAAGGUUCCCCUAUGUUUGCUGGGAAAAAAAAAAAUUCCAGCAAUUGCUGUAUAUAUGUGCUCGAUGUUUAAAGUGGAAUGCUAUUGUAGAUUUCGUUUCUUUUCUUUUCUUGGUAAUUAGUACGCUGUUAUAGUCUCCUUUCUUUGCUGUAAAUAGAAUUGUUUACUUUGUUGAUUGAGAUCAUGUUUAAGUUGAUCAAUCUUUGCUGCCAGAGAUAACAAAACUUAGUUAAUUUGUGUGUUUUCUUUUUUUGAUAAAAUGUAAAUUUUAUU